AUGGCAGAGGAUAGAUUGGUGUAGACUUAAUAGUUUUUGAAAGGGGAAAUGGAGUAGUAGAUUGAAUAAUUUGAAAAUAGAUAAAAAGAUGAACCUGUUAGUUUGGGAUUGAGAAAUAAGAUGAUGAAUGAAUUCAUGAGGAAGGAGAGAGAUAAAAGGAGAAGAAAGAUGAUUGUAGAUUAGGAGAAGUAGACAGAUGAAUUAUAAAGAAGAGAGUGUUGUGUUUUGGAGAAACUAAAAUAAUAGAGUAGAUAAGAGAAAGAAAUAAUGUAUGAGAUAUGGAGAGCAUUUUAAUGUAAAGAAGUGAUUUGUGAAAAUAGAAAUUUAAGAGAUGAGAAUUAUAAAAAUAAGUAGGAAUUGAAUGUUAUCAAUCAGAAAUUUAAGGAGGAAGAAAUGUUGAGAUCAUUAUAAUAAGAAUUUAAUGAAGAUAUUGAACUACAAUCGAAGAGGUAAUUAGAGAUCAAUGUUGAGUAUAAAUUGUUGAUUAGACAAUAGAAUUAUGAGAAAUGCAGAAAAUUAGUUGAAAUUCUAUUUGAAAUUGAAGAAUAAGUAUAUGAACAUCUGUAAAAUCAUGAUUCAAAUCAAAUAAAUGAGUAAUUCACUAGAGAAAACAAUCAUUUGUUUGAGUAAGGAAUGGAAUUAAUUCCUUACAAAAGAUUUAGAACUUAUGAUCCAAUAAAGGAAAUGAAGAAACAGGAGAAUUAAAAUUAUAAAUAAAAAAUGUUUUUGGCUAAGAUGGAGAUGCAAGACUAUUUAGAAGGGACUGGAGCAUGGAGUAUAUAUAAAGCAUAAAAUAAUUAUACUCUUGGAAAUUUGGUGAGAUAUUUAAUUGAGAGUUAAUUUUAAAUUACCAAUGAAGAAGAACAAGAAUUAAAUAUUCCUUAUGUUCCAUUUAGAGGUUCAUUGAUAGGAUUCGCAUUUAGUGGUAAGAGAACUAUCAGUGACUUAUUGAGCAAGAAAUAUGGAAUUACUGUAUUAUGUGUUGAUGUCAUAAUCAAUGAGUUAUUGGAAUAUAUAAGUAAAUAUUAGUAAGGAGAGGAGCACUCUUAGGUAUGGGAUCAGCAAUAAAUAGAAUUGGGUCAAUCGAUAUCCAAUUAUCUCUUAGAAGGACAAAAUAUUCCUGAUGAAUUGUAUAUCAAAGCUAUUGUCUAGAAGAUCAAAAGAACAUUUAACUAGUAGACAUUUGAGGAGAUUUAUGAGGAACAAAAAGAGAAAUGCCAAAAUCAUAUUGUUAGGACAGUCAAAACUAUUGAUGAUUUCAAUGAAGAUGGCAUCAAUUGGGAAGAUUUUCAUCGAAAUAACAUGAUAAAUAACAAGCCUUAUUGCAAAGGUUGGCUAUUGGUUGGGUUUCCUCAUACGUAUGAUUAAGCAAAACUAUUGGAAAAAUAUCUAACCAAUAUACAGCCAUAAGAUGAACCUACAGCUUUAUAGGCUAGACUCUAAGAAGCUGCUAGGAUUGUUAGACCAAAUGAAUAUCAAAAAGUACCAAGGACUAAACAGGAGAGUGGAGUUGGAGUUUGUGUGUAUUUGGAAAUGCCGUCCAAUGAAUUGUGUCUAAGAAGAGCUAUUGGAAGAAGAUAUGAUAAUCAUAACCAUUCUUUAUAUCAUCUAGAUACGAAUCCUCCUCCUGUUGACAAUGCUCCUUUAAUUGAACGAAUCCAACCAUUAUAUGAAGUUGACAAUCUUUAAGAGCAGAUCUCAGAUAAAAAUUCAUAUUUUAUGACUCAAAUAGAGGGAGUCAGAAAUUGGUAUAAUAGUUUUGAAUCUAAAUGUGGUUCCAAUAUCUAAAAUGCAUUUAUAAGUGUGGAUGCAUCCAAUAAUUAUGAAAGAGUCUUCUAUGAUGUGGACUAAAUAUUCUAAAACUUUCUUUAAAUUCAAGUUAAUUAAAUCUAACAAAAAUAGUAAGCUUAAGAAAAUAAAAUAUUGGAAUAAGAAGUGUUACUAAAGUAAUAAUAGGAAUAAGAAGAAUUAGAUAAGAAAUGUUAAUAUAAAUAAGUGUCAUUAGAUACGUUGCCUGUAAAAUAGCCAAAUCAGGCAUUGUUAAAGUAUUUAAAUAGUUUUUGGAAUCUAAUUGAAAAUAAAUAUAUGUCACUCUAAAAUAUUUUCAAGGGAUUCAGAGAAUAACGAGAAUUCAUUACUAAUUAUUAAAUGGAUGUUCAACGCAAAUUUAUUGAUUUAAUUAAUACACCAGAUGAAAAGUUCUUCUUUAUUAGAAAUUUCUAAGAAUAAUACAAUGAAUUUAUAUUGGAGAAUCCUGAUUUAUGCGAAGAAGAUCUGUGUAAAGAAGAAUUGCAUUAGAGAGUUGAUGAUUUAUAUGAUUAAUUAAUAGAUAUAAUUGAUCAAAAGAGAGAUGACUUGACAGUAGAAAAAUCACAAAUAUAAACAUCUUAAUUUAUAGAAAAUGAAAUUGAUCUCUAUCUAUUAUAAUUAAAGUAAAUGCUAGCAAUCGAAUUAGAUCGAGCAUCCAAUUCUAUUUAAUUGUUAAAUGAUUAUUAUGGAACUUUAGAGGGCAUUGAAUUAUAAGAUAUAUAGCCACCUGUUGGAGAACUAUAAUUGAUAGAUGGCGAUGAUCCAUAGGUUAGAUUAGAUAAAUUGAUAGCAGAUACUUUGAGAAUAUUUGCUGGAGAAGAAGAGAUAAUUGAAGACAAAACAAAAAAGGGAGCUAAACAACCUGCAAAGAAAGAAGAGAAAAAGGGUAAAAAAGGAAAAGAAGAAGAUGUUAUAAAGAAGGAAUUAUAAAAUGCAGAAGCAGUAAAUGCUAUCAAUUUAGAAAAGUAAAUAUUUAAAGAAAGAGUUGAUGUUAUCAAAAGAUAUGCUUCCUAAACUAUUCUAAAAUAUAAAUAGGCUGCUGAUCUCUUGUAUUCUAAACUAGAUGAAUGGAUUCAUUAUACUCAUCUAACUGAAAUCAAAGCAUUAGAUGCCAUAUCUAAUCUGUUUAGAGGAUAUAUUGAAAAAGGUGAAAGAAUUUAAAAGGAACUCUAAUUACAAUUUGUUGAUGUGAUUGUUAACCAUGAAGUUCUGAAUUUCUUGACUCCUAUUCCUCCUCCUUUGACAGCCAGAGAACCUUUGAGUAAGGAUAGAUUUUCCAUAUCUCAAUUAUAUUAUUUAAUUGAAGACCUACGAGCUAUCACUAGUACUCAUUUACUGAUUGAUAUUAAACAACUUGCUUUACUUUUAUCUAGAUCUUCAUAUGGGGUACUUAAACUAUCCCCAGCAUAAUGGAUGAAAGUUCUCAAAGUACUUGAUCAAAAUGGUUAUGUGAAUGUCAGAUAAAUUUGUACAUAUUUGAUCUUGUUGCAAUCUCCAGUUCCAAAGGAAGAGGAAUUGCAAAUUUAUUAAGCUCAAUUAAAUGGUCCGUUGGUUAGUAAAGAGAACUUUGUGAAUACUCCAGCUUGGUUUGAUGAAUUCGAGAAGGUUUCAGAGGAAGAAAAUACCAACUAUUUUGAUAGAAUUAUUUAUAUAAAAGAACUUUUAUUCUUUGUUCAUAAAGAUGAAAAUGAUUAACUAGCUACAAAAUACUUUUUAGACAUUCUGAAUGUCAAAGGAGAUAGAUUCAUUGACUUUUUGUUUUAAAAUCUCCAAGAGUUAUGA